GACUAGAAUGCAAGGCGAAACGGAACCGCGAGUUUAUCCUUGUACCUUGUGCGAGUGAAUAAGCCUUGGUUGUCGGGUUGGUGGUUCCUGAACGACUGAACCAAGCCCAAGGUGCUGGGACUAGACUUGAGUCCGUGACCAGCACAGCAGUCCGCCCCUUAUCUUUUUUUUUUGAGUGUGCAGUCCGCCCCUUAUCGAGCAGGCGAGGCAUCUCUUGGGCCUGUAUAAAUAGGCCACCAACACCAAUUAUCAUUACAGAUUAUUAGGCCCAGAUUAUUAUCGUUACUCUUUGCCAGCCCCACCACAAUUCCUGGGGGAUCCAGGCAGUCCGGCCCCGGCACGACGCCCAUCCUCUGCGGCGACUCGGAGCAGUCUCGCCUCCGAAGCGUUUAAGAUAAACUCAGGUUGAAACGCCGCCUCCUCGGCCUCUGUCUCUCUAGUGCUAGUAGUUUCCCCGCCGGCAGUCAGAUCUGCCGUCACCGCCAACCACCAUGAUGCACUACCUGUACCAGCAGGAGAUCCAGCGAGAGAACCGGCGGCGGAGCCUGCUGCUCCGGCAGAUGGAGGAAGGCCGCGCCGAGCUGCUCAACUGGCCUGCUCUCAUCCAGCGCGGACGAUAUGCGCACCACCUUAGGAUCAUCACCAGGUGUUCUACGCCCGUGCUGGGUCUGGCGAUUCUGGUCACCGUGUUGGUGCUCAAGUACAAGUACCACGUGCCCGAGCUGCAGGAUCCUAUUGACAUGGGGGCGUGUGUGUUCGUGGCUCUCUGCUUCAUGCCAUCUGGCUACCUCUGUACUCAAGACUAAUUAUGCCACAUCCAAACUUGGCUUCUUGCUUGCUUGCUUGCUUGCUUGGAGGAUUAGGUAGGCAUUUAGGCAGGCUCAUCACGACAAGUGAAUAGUCUGUUGCUCUUCUUGUUCGGCUUCUUUCAGGCAGCAGCUUGCAAGCCAGAAUAUCAACGACGGUUGAGGGACAACUUAUUAGGCAUUUGAGUGUUUACAUGCAUGGCUCGUGCCUAGAUAGACGAUGUUGAAAUUGUU